ACAUCUGCAGUUUUGUUUCUCUAGGUCAAUAGCAUGUUUGGAGAUUGUUAAAUUUACAACAAAAGUCAGGUCAGAUUGGACAUAGAUAAAAAAAAAUAAGUGCUCAGGUCCCAGUUGCAUUCACAUUGUCAGUGGUUGGGCCUGAUUUGAAUUUUAGACAUGAGCAAACCUCUAAUUCCCAACAUUAAAGAAGUCAGUCUUCAGCUAUUUCUGCCCAUUCUACAUGACUACGUUGAUUACAGUAAGGGCAAUAGAACUGGACAAUAUCCCAAAUGUGGAGGCAAAGACUUGUACUCUCCAACUAAACUUGUGCACUCCUACCCAAGGGACAAUUACGUGCUUAAAGUCUGGAUGGGUGCGGUUCCUAUAAAAAAACUUUAAAAGCAAUACAUUUAUCCAGCUGAAAUUAAACUGCUUGAUUAAUGACCCACUCAUCACUACACCUCCAGUGUCUGUACCUGCAAUGUGGACUGUGUACAACAUGAACUCAGUAACUCACCAAGGCUCUUCGGUUGCACUUCUCAGACCAACGACCAUCUUGACGCCAGACAUCAGACACCCAGGAACACCACCACUGUCAGGUUCACCUCCAAGUCAGGCACCAUCUUGACUGGAUAGAAAGUUACUCGUGCAAGAUGGCUGGUGAAGACAAACAGAUGUUUAAAAAUUUCUGCCAGGAGGGUCAGCCACAUCUUUUGGAGGCUCUUUCACCACCACAGACCACAGGUGUCAGCCCAAGCAACCUAAGUCGGAGUCAGAUUGGGGACGGUGGCAAUGGCCCAUUAUGUGACAAUUGCAGUCGCAAGACCUUGUUUUAUUUAAUCGCCACACUCAAUGCAUCCUUCCGACCAGACUAUGACUUCAGCAGAGCAAAAAGCCAUGACUUCAGCAGGGAGCCCAGCCUCAACUGGGUUGUAAAUGCCGUGAACGGCAGCUUGUCCUCAGCUGCUGGGGAGGAGUUUAAUCAGCUGAAGCCUGAACUGUGGAAGGCCAUAAAUGAUGAGAUUUGCCUUUUGGAAUGUGAAAUUUACAGCUACAAUCCAGAUCUGGAUUCGGACCCCUAUGGCGAGGAGGGUAACUUGUGGUCAUUCAACUACUUCUUCUACAACCAGAGGUUGAAGAGAAUUGUGUUCUUCACCUGUCGUUCAGUCAGUGCACUGAUGGUUCCUAGCGAUUCAGGGCUUGGCAAUGAACUGGACAUGGAACUGGAGGGUGAGAAUAGUUUGGAAGCGGAAGGGAACCUGGAUGAAACGAGGUAUAAAACCAUUUGUGCUUGAAGCUGGAGCCCAAUUAGACUGAAAAUUCUUUUCCUGCAUCUUGAGAUGGACACUUCCAGCUUCUGCACAGCUUUGAAGAACUGAAUUUACGUUUUGACUUGGCUUGCAGUGGGAGCAGAAGACAAAUGCGCCUUAUCAUAAUGUUGAACAAAGGGAUCUUGUUGCCUGUUUUCCACCAUGAACAAGAACUCCUGUGUUGCAAGCAGGAUAUUUACAGAACUGACAACAGCAUUUAUUUUUUUAAAGUUGUUAAGUAGUUUACAAUCCCAAAGUAUUUCUCUACCUAUCCUUUCUACAGUUGUUGGUUGGAUUAAAUAAUAUUGACUUUCUCAGAAUCUCAUAACUCUGGAAAAAUGUACUUUAGUAAGCAUUACGACAAAGAAAAAUGACAGUCAAUGUCGACCUGUGUGUCCACUUCACCGGCCCCAAGUUAGAGCAGCACUUGGGCAAUUCUUCUGCCACCAAUUAAUCAUCUGGACAUUGAGAGCAUGGACUAUGGGUAAGUGUAACCACACACUGCCCCUCCCUUUGUUUUAGAAAGAGAGGCUAUAAUGUGCCGGUAGGCUAUAAUUUUGUACCCUGGGCCAGUGCUGUUCCAGGAAUGAUGAGCACUUUGUGUUUUAUCUAUACUCACAAGGUGAAAACCUAAGCAGCGUUGACUUUGUUUCACUGCACCAACUUCUUUCCCCCUGUGCACUACGGUGUAAAGAUAAUUUAGUCAUGAUUUUAUUCCCUGUAUUUGGUCUCAACAAUUUAAUAAAUUACAGAAACUCUGGGCCAUAUUCAAAGCCCAUCUUGAA